GCCGGGAAGGGGCGGAGCUGCGGGGCGCGGGCGCCGGCGCGCCUCCUCCCGGCCGCUCCCCCCGGCUGCGCCCGGCUCGGUCACCGGCGUUCGCGGGCAGCGGGCAGUGCGGUCGGGCCGGCUGGCGGCGAGCACAGGCUCAGCCACUGCCCUCGCGGUCACCCUGCUGCAGCCAUGACUACGGCCAUCCUGGAGCGCCUGAGCACGCUCUCAGUGAGCGGGCAGCAGCUGCGCCGCCUGCCUAAGAUCCUGGAGGACGGGCUGCCCAAGAUGCCCUGCACCGUGCCCGAGAGCGACGUGCCCCAGCUCUUCCGCGAGCCCUACAUCCAUGCCGGCUACCGCCCCACGGGCCACGAGUGGCGCUACUAUUUCUUCAGCCUCUUCCAGAAGCACAACGAGGUGGUCAACGUCUGGACCCACUUGCUGGCGGCCCUGGCCGUCCUCCUGCGCUUCUGGGCCUUCGCCGAGGCGGAGGCGCUGCCCUGGGCGUCCACGCACGCCCUGCCGCUGCUGCUCUUCAUCCUCUCGUCCAUCACGUACCUCACCUGCAGCCUGCUGGCCCACCUGCUGCAGUCCAAGUCGGAGCUGUCCCACUACACGUUCUACUUCGUGGACUACGUGGGGGUGAGCGUGUACCAGUACGGCAGCGCCUUGGCCCACUACUUCUACAGCUCCGACCAGGCCUGGUACGAGCGCUUCUGGCUUUUCUUCCUCCCGGCCGCUGCCUUCUGUGGCUGGUUAUCCUGCGCCGGCUGCUGCUAUGCCAAGUAUCGUUACCGGAGGCCUUACCCCGUCAUGAGGAAGAUCUGUCAAGUGGUGCCAGCAGGCCUGGCCUUCGUCCUAGACAUCAGCCCCGUGGCACACCGUGUGGCCCUGUGCCACCUGGCCGGCUGCCAGGAGCAGGCAGCCUGGUAUCAUACCCUCCAGAUCCUCUUCUUUCUGGUCAGCGCCUACUUCUUCUCUUGCCCAGUCCCUGAGAAGUACUUCCCAGGGUCCUGUGACAUUGUGGGCCACGGGCACCAGAUCUUCCACGCGUUCCUGUCCAUCUGCACGCUCUCCCAGCUGGAGGCCAUCCUCCUGGACUACCAAGGGCGCCAGGAGAUCUUCCUCCAGCGCCACGGCCCCCUGUCCGUCUACACUGCCUGCCUCUCUUUCUUCUUCUUGGCCGCCUGCAGUGCGGCCACCGCCGCCCUCCUGCGGCACAAGGUCAAGGUCAGAUUGACCAAGAAAGAUUCCUGAAGCUGACGGGGGAGGCGAGGGGUGGUGGCGGUGGUGGUGGUGAUCCUGAUAUGGGGGUGGGGGAAAUGAUACCCGUGAAUAGGAGGCAUUUUUUUGUUGUGAAGAAUUGGCUUUUAAGAACCAGUAACCCUGCAGCAUUAGACAGCCAAAGGACUUAAUAGAAGGAGUAUUCCUAUUCCCUCUGGGCCACAGCCUUAAAAGGCACGGGACGGAAAAGGACCUUGGCUCAGUUCAUGACAUGCCGAAUUAAGGAGACUCUCUUCAUACCUGAAAGUUCCAGAGAAUUCUGACUGUGGCCGGCAGCGCAACUCCUAGAGCUAUAAGAUCAUGAAAUCGCACUCAAAAGCCAGUGGGUGGCUGGUCCACACGGUAGGGGCGUGAGCAUCUUAUAUACAGCGCUGGCUUCUGGGCCUUGGACAAGUGGACCCAAUGGCUUUUGGAUUUCAGAUUGUCCAGGGUGGAGAAGUGAGAAUCUUCAAGGUGAUUCAGUGAAACCCUUCGACAUAAUGAGCCCCCCGGUUGCUGCUCUGGGUCCUUCAUCCUUCUCUCUCGCCUAUUCUAACACUGACCUUUUGCUCAAGAUGGCAUCUGCCUGGCUGUCGGAAGUGUUUGUCCUCCCGCUCUCUGCCUUGCAUGGUCAUCUAGAGGUCUAGGAAGCAGUCCUCCUAGCAGGAAACGCUUGGAUCCCGUGUGGAUAGUCCAGAAGCUUAGCCCCAUCUAAUAUUAGUGUGAAAUCAUACCAGGAGGUACCAGUGCCAAGAGCCACCAAGCACGGAUACUGUUUGGCAUUCAGGCCCCUCCUCUUCUGCCCCUGUCAGUGCAGGUUACUUGAGCUAUAUUAGAGCUGCCUUACUGGCCAGGAGAUCUGGAGCGUUACUCCAGCGUAUCUCCUGCAGACUUUGACCAGCAUGUUCAAAAACUUGCUGGGGAGAGUGAAUUGAUUCUGAGGGUAUCUCUAGAGAAGCAAUUACUGCAAGAGGAACCCAGGGUCCAUGCAGCCCUGUGAAGGACCCACAGUCUUUCCCCCUCCCACUUCACAGUCCCCAAGCAGGCAUCUGGGCCUCGACUUAGAGUAGAGCCAUUAAAAUAAUCAACUCCCAACACGGGUGAGCUUGGAUGCUCUCUGAGGGUUGAUCCCUGAAGGCCCCAUUUGGGUGAGGAAGGAGGCCUGGAUUCCCUGUAGUCAGAACAUCUCUGCUUGGAACGUCUCUGCCCCCCUAGCUUCUGCAGCAGAGGACGUGUUCUGGCUGUGCACCCUCUCUGAGGACUAACUUCUGCAUGAAUCCAGCAACAGGGUGCUGCCUGGGACAAGGAUUACGGAAACCUUUUGGUCAGGGGCUGAUUUCCUAUCAGUAUGAGUCUUAUUUACAAAACUAGGGAAGGGGUUGGUGUUUACUGCAAUUUCACAAACCUCUUGGAUUUCUAGGUAACUGGAUUGUCUUCAAAAUCUUUGAGUUGAUUUCCCCCCCCUUUCCUCCUUUUUCUGGGAGAUGUGUGGGUUUUGUGCCUUAUCAACGAAAAUGUAUGAAAACUGAUACUAUGGCCAUGUGGAAUCUUCAGUCCUUGUUUUCUAAUCAGGACAGGAAAGAAAUCUGAGAAAACCAGAAUUGCUAAUAAUGGAAAGACUUAGCCUAUGGCGCAUCACCUAAGGAGGUGGCUCAACCAGCACAGGUGCUGGAGGCCCAGGUUUGAGCCCCCAGUGCUCUGUGUUUCCCCAAACAACUGGAGGGAGUGACACCUGAGCAUAAGACCGGGAGUAGUUUCCCCCAGCAUGACUGUGGGAGAAAAAAAAAGGCAUAAACAAAUUCAACUGGUAUUUGGCAAAAACAGCAAACAUACUUAACUGCACUUUCCUUUAAUCUUCGUAUUCAGCAAGUCUUUUCAGGGCCAGGAUAUAGCCUAGUGAGAGAGUGUCUACUUUGCAUGGGUAAAGCUCUGGGUGCCAUCUCUAGCCCAUCAAGGAAAAUAACAAAAGGAAGCAGGAGAAAGUCGUGUGCAUUUCUUCAACAGAUUUCUCCUUCUAACCCUCAGGCACCGGGACUUCAUCUUACACAAGCUUCUGAUGUCUUCUGGGUCACAUUCAUGCCAAAUAAAAUUUAUAAAACUGAACCGGGUUGAAGUAAACAAGGGGUUGGGGCAUUGUGGAAAUAUAUCGCAAGGUGGGAAGUCAGUUUCAAGCAGGGACUGGGAAGUGUUUGACAUGUUCUAGAUCAUGGAUUCCAAGACGAUGUGCUUUUAAAAGCUGAAAGGAAGGUGUGAAGUCUAGCUCUUGAACCUCAGCAUGGCAGUCCAGGUGGACAGAGAUCUUCAGGAUAAAUGCAGGGUUGUUUUUAAAAGAGAAAACGGGAAGUCGAGCAAUGAUCCAUGACUGGUGCAUUAGCCUGCCCAGAGACAGGCGGGGACGUGGUCUAGACAAAGUAUGACAAACUACAUUCUAUUGCCGUGAAGAUAUUAUUUUUGUUUAUGCAAGUAUUGGUCCCUCAAGUGAUUGGAAUUCUUUCAAAAGGUUUUUUUACCAGGCCAAAGAGAUUGUACCAGGGCACUUGUCUUGCACACGGCAUACCCAAGUUCCAUUUCUGGUGUUGCCUGGAGUGAUCCCUGAGCACAGCAGGUGUGGCCUAAAACCCCCAAAUAAAAUAAACAAAUAAAAAAGGUUUUUCAGAGAUAUCUGAGACCCAUCAAGAUAGGAAACUCUCUUAUUGGAGAGACACCCACUUGGCAGUAGAAAUAUAUAUAUGUGUGUAUACAUCAGAAAUGCAGAUAUUUUUUAGCCACCAAACAUUUUUAUACAUUAAGUCCUCUUAAAAGCAUAUUUAUGACAAUGAGAUUAUCUAUAAGGACAGACCCAGUUGGUUUAAAAGGAAUAACUAAGUAUUUAAUAUAGGAGGGGUUAUCUUACCACAUCACAGUCAAGAGUUAACACCUACUGAUCUUUCUCUUUUCUCUCUCUACUCAACUGUUUAUUUCCAUGGAGUCUUUCAACCCAUUAGAAUGCAGAUGUCUUGGAAAUAACAAAACUGUCAGUUAUUUAUGCGCUGUGAAUAAAAAUUCUGAUGGAUUUAUGUGAGACCAUCCUCAGGGUAAGGAGAGACAGCCAGACUUCAGACUGGGGAUGUGUUUGCCUGUUUUACUCAGCUAGAACUUCCUGCCUUGUGUUAACUUAUGAGCUAACGCUAAUAAUACUCAGAUGUUAUGGGUUCACUCUGCUGCAAGUAGCUCACUCUAUAACAAUAUUCUCAGCCUUCUACUGAAAGCUUGGAAUAAUAGCUGAGGCCUUGGGGUGCGAGUCAUUCAUUCCUUCCUCUGCUGGGCCCCUGUUUCCCAGUGGUACCGUAAUGCUUAGAAACCUUAGGUUCUGUAUUGCUGCCGUAGUUCCAGAUGGACCCUCCUAAAGGGCACUCACAUUUUUUUCAGAGAUCUCGGCCAUCGUCCCCAAGGCAUCAGCCCACUAAUUGUGUUGUUUCUCAUGUUUUGCUUGAUAUGAUUGCCUGGUAAAGAAGAAAUGGAACUGUUUUCUGUCUGUUUAUAUAAAUCUACUUACAUGAAUGACCAUUAAACAGAUUUUGUAUAUGGA